GCCUUGCCAAGGUCUCUUAGGACCCUAGUGGGACUCUCCAGAUGAUUCCACCUCUUGUUUGACUUACACCACAUCGUGAGGAUACAAAUACCCUGAGUAUGCCCGCUUCCAGUAAAGAGUUCUUCUCACUUGGACAUAGCAUUCUCUACAUAUAAACAACUCCCUUAGAUACCAUUACCCAAACGUUUCAUUCCCUUUCUGUGUUACUUUUCUGGAUACCCCUCAGCUUAUACUCGAUCCUCUUUCCGACACUCACAAUGGCCGCCCAGAACACCAAGCUUUUCCAGCCUCUCAAGGUCGGCAAGAUGGACCUCGCCCACCGCGUCGUCAUGGCCCCCCUCACCCGCUACCGCGCCGAUGACGACAGCGUGCCCCUGCCCAUCGUCUCACAGUACUACGCCGACCGUGCCUCGGCCCCGGGCACUCUCAUCAUCACCGAAGCCACUGCCAUCUCCCCCGCUGACGUCGGCGACCUUGACCUGCCCGACUUCAGCACCCCCGCCCAGAUUGCCGCCUGGAAGAAUGUAUUCGACGCCAUCCACGCCAAGGGCAGCUACGUUUUCCAGCAGCUUUGGUCCCUCGGCCGCGCCGCCGACCCUUCUUUCGUCAAGGGCCGCGGCUACAAGUACUGCUCCUCUUCCGAUGUCCAGAUGACUGGUCGUCCCUGCCCGCCCGAGGCCCUCACCGAGGAGGAGAUCUGGGAGAAGAUCAACAACUGGCGCGUUGCCGCGCGCAACGUCGUCGCCGCCGGCGGUGACGGUGUCGAGAUCCACGGCGCCCACGGCUACCUCGUCGAUCAGUUCACCCGCGACUCGGCCAACAAACGCACUGACAAGUGGGGCGGCUCCGUCGAGAACCGCGCGCGCUUCCUUCUCGAGGUUAUCAAGGCCGUCGUCGACGAGGUCGGCGCCGAGCGCGUCGCUCUGCGCUUGAGCCCCUUCGCCACCUUCCAGGAGUCCUACUCCUCCGACACCUGGGAGCAGACGAGCUACGUCGUCCGCGAGAUCAAGAAGGCCGGCUACAAGCUCGCCUACCUGUCUCUUGUCGAGGCUGUCGGCAACCCCGUCAACCUCGGCAUCGUGCCCCGUCAGCCCACCGACGACGUCCAGCCCUUCGCCAAGGACCGCCCUCAGACUCUGGACUUCAUCCUCGAGGAGUGGGACAACUUCUCCCCCGUCGUUGUCGCCGGCGGUUACCUCGGCGACAGCGCGCGUUGGGCCGUCGACGAGCGAUACGCCAAGUGGGACGUCGCCGUCGCCUUUGGCCGCUACUUCAUCUCCAACCCGGACCUCGUCUUCCGCGUCAAGAACGGUAUCGCCUUCACUCCCUACGACCGCAGCACCUUCUACAAGAAGAAGAGCAACGACGGCUACAACACAUACGAGUUCAGCGAGGAGUACGUCAAGGCUCACGGUGCCAACGGUUCCGCUUAGGUGAACACCGAGAGCGGAAUGAAGUUGGUGGGAUAACAGAAGAAGGCAUCGACCGAUUCUGCAUAGCAAUGGAGUUUGGGUAUAUAUCAUGAUAGAUCUUUAAGGUUCAUAUAGACAUACAUAAACGCAUUCUCUUUUAAUGUAUCACUUUCGAAGUUGGUUGAA